AUGUUGAUUCCAAAGGAAGAUAGAACUUUGAUUCAUAAGCAAUUAUUUCAAGGUGUUUUGGUUGCCAAGAAAGAUUACAACCAAGCCAAACAUGAAGAGGUUGACACCAAAAACUUGUAUGUCAUUAAGGCUAUGCAAUCUUUGACUUCUAAAGGUUACGUUAAGACCCAAUUCUCAUGGCAAUACUACUACUACACCUUGACUGAAGAAGGUGUUGAAUACUUGAGAGAUUAUUUGCACUUGCCAGAAAGUGUUGUUCCAGGUACUUACUUGCAAAACAACGCUAGUAACCCAAGACAAGCUAAGAGAUACUAA